GAUAUUGAAUUAGAAAACAGUCCAACAUAUGAGAAAUCACCACGAAAGUCGCCUUACAAAAUUACUGGUUUUUCAAUUCCUUCAAAGCGUUUAUUCGAACGUACAAAUAAUGCUAAUGAUGUACGAAAAAUAAAAACAAUGAUGGUCAAUGUUCUUGGCAAGAUAGCUAUAGGUGAUAUUUCUGGGCAGAAGGCUUCUAAGAAAGAAAUAUUAACAUGGAAAACAAGUCUGGCAAUGUUAGAAGCAAAAUCUAAACUAUGGGUGCCAGUUGAUCUAUCAGAAGAUGCUGACCUUUGUGACACAUAUAUAUAUCGUAUUAUAACUGAAGUAUUUAGAGGUCGCUGUUUAAAGCUCAAUCAAGAAUUUGCUAUUGCAGUAAUUAAUAUGAUGUUUAAACCUACAAUCACAACUACCUCUCUUACUGAUAGAGAAAUUCAUUCUCGCAUAGAAGCCCGAUCUAAACAAAUUAAUAAUAUACAACCAGUUUUUGAUGAAUUUAAUUCAUUAUCAAAUAAUACUUCUGAUUCAACUUCUAAAAAAUUAAAAGAUAGUUCUUUAAAUCAGUUUGUUCUUCAACAAUACAGAGGUGCUAGUCUUGAUAAGUUGUAUUACUUAAUAUUAAAAGCAACUAUUUCAAAUGAUUGGAGUUUUCAUUGGGUUGAAAACCCUGAUUCUAUAGAACUUUUUCAGUUCAUUAAUUCUGCAAUUAAACUACCACCACGAAGAACAUUAAUUUGGCAGGCUCAAGAUUGUAGUAGAGAUAGAGUCCGAACAAAUGAUGUAAAACAAAAAAUUAUGGAAAUAGUGCAAAGUAUACGAGACAAAAAUAUUAAAGUAGCUUCAGUUGUUACAGACAAAAAUCUGGAUAUUACUUUUCUUUCAUGCUUUGCUCAUCAAGCUAAUCUUUGCGUGGAAGAAAUAUUCAAAGAAUCACAAACUUAUAAAGAAACUGCAAAACAAGCUGUACAAAUCGCUAUUUAUUUUAGAAACAAAAAUCAUGUUUAUUUUGCGGCCAAACUUCGUGAUAUUCAAAUGAUUACAUAUAAUAAGCUUCAAACUUUAAUUGUACCAGAAGAUACCAGAUAG